AUGCGUUUUUCGGUUUCUGCAGCUGCGGCCACCGCCGUCCUGGCGGGCGUCGCCGUCGCCGAGCCGCUCACAGUCAUUAACCCCUGCCCGGCAGCGACCAGCACAACUGUGAAGCCCAUCACUGUGACCAAACAAUAUCAGGCUGUUUCAACCUGUGCUCCGACCACGGCCUGUCUCCGAGGGUCCUGCACCACCAGAUAUCCUUUCGAAACCUUUGCCUACGUCAGUACUGUUAUUCCAGCUGCUUGGGAUGGAAAGAACCUUCAGACGACCACUGUCACUUCUACCACCCAGACGGUCACUGUAUCUCGAUUCCAAACAACACUUACCAAAUGGAUUACCCCUGCUCCCGUCGUUCCCAAGACUGGAACGGCCACCACUCCCAAGCCGACCUCAAUCGAGCUUACCAUUGCCAAGGACUUUUUUGCUCCAUACAACAAGCUUGGUCCUUUGGCUAUCCCGGGUUAUGAUGGCAGUGGACUUUGCAAGGAGUGCGAGACUCAGCCCGAUGGGAGCCGGUCCCAGGUAGUCGGCGUGGUUGAAUGCCGCGCUGGACCUGGUGGUUCUAAGUGCAUGGGCUACGACGAGACCUGGAUCUCCAAGCCCGCUCCAUCAACCUCAGCCACGACUGCUAACGCUUGCUCAACGAGAUGGGUAGCACCCUCCGCUGGUACUUACACCUUCACUUUCCCUUUCACCGCCCCAGCCCGUGUCAUCACGGCGGCCGAAACCACCAUCACCGUCGGACCUGUUCCAUACUGGGCGCAUGUCACCCGAGUCUGCCACCGUCCCCAUGAAAUCGUUGACUUUACCACUACCAUCACCAAAACAAUCUACUGGACUGCACCUUGCAGCAGGCAACCACCAAGGACAUCAAGUGCUGUUCCCGCACCCACCGGUAAACAUGCUUUCCCAGGCUGGCCACGACCCGGGCCAAAUGGCGGUAAUAAUGGUGUCGAUGGCUCCAAAGGCGACCCGUACAGCUGGGCAGAUUGGGGCAGUGACGAUGCUGCCGACCCGAACCUACCAAUUCCCGGUGAGUGGGCAGACUGGGUUGCGACAGCCACAGUCACAAAAACCGACUACGUGACCCAGAGCACCAGCGCCAGCCAAGGACCUAUCGGCCAGAGCACCAGCACGAGCAGCCAGAGCUACACCUAUACUACAAGCAGCAGGAGCACUACGUCUAGCUCCACCUUCAGCCAGGGGCCCACUGGCCAGAGCACCACCACUUCCGGCUCAGAUUCGACCACCAGCAGCUCGUCCAGCUCCAGCUCCAGUAGUGGCGGACCCAUCGGCCAGAGCACCACCACUUCCGGCUCAGAUUCGACCACCACCAGCAGCUCGUCCAGCUCCAGCUCCAGCACCAGUAGUGGCGGACCCAUCGGCCAGAGCACCAGCACUUCGAGCUCCGAUUCAACGACAUCUGUUAGCACGACAUCAGGUCUCUCAACCACUUCGGUUGACAGCACAACUAGCACCAUCACCAGCUUCACCACCACAUCCGCUGCGACAACUACCAGCGGCACCGCCUCCACGACGACUUCCCUGACUGCGAUCCCUGUUGAUCUAGACAACUUUGUCAUUGGAGUCAACACCGCCACAAAAUACCGUAAGCGAGCUCUCCGAUACAUCAAGAUCUCGGGCGAUGGAGAUGCCGUUCUCACAACCGACAAGGACGACGCAUCCAUUUUCUCGCUGGAGAAUGGAUAUCUCAAGUCUGGUGGUUUAUUCGUGGAUGCCGAUACCACUCAGUCAUGGCUGUCCUUCUCUCUGACCGCCGGUCUCAGCUCCAACAUCUCUCAGUGGACGGUCGGUUCGGAUGGCUCCCUCACCCUUCUCGCCGCCAACAUUGGUAUUUGCGUUGCGGCAGACAACAGUGUUUUCAUCCAGUUCAGCGCAAACACUCCGUUCCUCUGCAUCGAGAUUGCCCUCGUCGUUGAA